AAAUGUGGAAGUUGAUUACGCUGUUAUGCGGUUGCAACAAAUGUAUACCGAGGAAAAAAACGGAACUGAGAAUGAUUAUAUUAUUGCUAUGCGAUUGCAAGAAAUGUAUAAUAAGGAAAGAACAAGGAAUAUGAAAAAACUAUUGAAAGGACCGAUAAAAAAUUUGAAGAAAAAGAGCCUUACAACAAAAAUUUUUUCUAAAGCAAUUCUAAUGGUUUUGAUAAUGAUGACUCCUCCUCCUUACUACCCUUCUCAAAAGGCUGCAAAACAUCCAUCUGUGCAUCUGAAAUAUCCGCAGCAAUUUCCACAUCAAUUUCCACAGCAAUUUUCACCAUAUCAACAACAGACUACUCCUAAUUACCAAGAAAUGUUUCCUCAAUUCAUGAAUGCACAAAAAUUUCUUUCUCUAAAUGAUUUUUCAAAAGAAAUUGCAAGACCAAAGGCUACCUUUCAUAUGGAUAAUCGAUUUUUCUGUACUGAUCCUGAAGUCUGGAAUGAUGAUGACGAACGUGUCGAUGUUGAACAUAAUUGGAAAAGAUCUAUUAAUACGAUUGAUAGAUUAUUAGUAACAAUUACUGAAUUAUCUUCUACUUCCACUAAAGCUAUUGAAAAUAUGAAAAAUUACAGAAAUAGAAUCAAAUAUGAAAUUGCCAAAAUGACUCAAGACAUUGCAAAUAUCCAACAAGUUCAGGAUAGUCUUGAAGCUGCUCAAAAAGCAUUACAAAAAACUGGCGAUCAAAAGAAUUCUUACUCUAUCUAUACAAAAACUGAAACAAUUACUCUUGAUGUGGACUUUAGAUGGAAACAAGACUUGGAACUAAUAACUCGUUCAUUGGGGUCAAGAGAUAUAUGUACGAUCUGUAAUUGUGAACCUUAA